CUCUCAUUUCAUACACCACUCUGUUUCUAUUUCCCUCUCUAAAACUCCUCUUUCUCUCUCUAGAUUUCACCAAAUUUGCGGUUGCGUUUGCCGAUUGUUCACCGGUGUUGUACGCCGGAAGUGUUUAGGUCACCGGAAACCGUUUUUUCUCCGGAGAAUUUUCCUUCGGAGCUCUGUUUUUUUCGUUAAAGUCAGAAUUUUGGAAAUUGAGAGGUUUUUUGAGCGGUUUUUUGUUGGAUCGGGUUGUGAUUCAGUGGAUUAGAGUGGUUUGGUUGAUGAUUCGGUUGGAUCUUGUGACGGUCUUGUGAGUUUUGUGUGUGAAUUUGGCUUUGCAGAGGAUAAGUUGAAGAGUUUGGGGAAUUUUUUGAUGGUGUGUGAAAGCAUGGCUGAGGAUCUUAGUGAAGGAUCAGCGACGAAUACGGUUAAGAACGACCAGUUUAUGUCGGCUGAUGAUUACGCGCCCAAGGUUAGAAAACCGUACACGAUCACAAAACAAAGGGAAAGGUGGAGUGAAGAAGAACACAAGAAGUUUAUUGAAGCUUUAAAGCUUCACGGACGCGCUUGGCGUCGAAUUGAAGAACAUGUGGGCACCAAAACUGCGGUUCAAAUUAGAAGUCAUGCCCAGAAAUUUUUCUCUAAGGUUGUUCGUGAAUCGACUAGUGGUGAUGCGAGUGAGGUGAAACCUAUUGAGAUUCCACCUCCUAGACCGAAAAGGAAACCGAUGCACCCUUACCCUCGUAAGCUUUCGGCUCCAAUCAAAACUGGAGGUCAACAUGAGAGGUCAACUUCACCGAAUUCAUCAGGGUCAGAUCAAGAACACCAGUCCCCUACUUCGGUUUUGUCAGCAGGCGGUUCAAACAUAUUCGGGCAGGGUGAUUUAAACUCACCAAACACAGGUUCCUCCCCUGUUUCAUCUGCUAAUGGUGUGAAAGCUGAUCUCCCACUUGAUGAAAACGAAUCAUCACCUUCAACGAAAGUGGAAUCUUGCGGUGAAGAAAAAGAAAAGGAAAAAGAAAAAGAAAGUUCACCCGAUACGGGAUCCACCCAAAGUUUGAAGCUGUUUGGGAAGACGGUGGUGGUAACAGAUACCCACCGACCAUCUUCACCGAAUGAUGUGUGUGAGGGCAAUGUCGUAAAUAUGAUUCCACAAAACUUGAUGCCAGUUGGUUCUUUACCAUGUGGGGCACCUGUGUACUACAUGCAGUUUCUUGAUGAGAACUCGCAAUCUUCCACACCCAUGGCACCUUGGUGGGGCCCUUAUGGUGCGGUAUCUUACCCUGUUGUUCAACCGGUCAAACCCACAAAUCAAAACGGUUCAGAAAUGCAAAACGAGGAGUCGUUAACAGGCUCAAACACAAGUGACAAUGAGAGUGGAGUGAAAGAGGGAAAAAAGCCGUUUUUGCUGGUAGCAAGUGAAAGAUCAGCGUUUACAAAGCAACAUAGAGGCGACAGAAACAACAACGGGAAGAAAAAAGACACGUCUAUAAAGGGUUUCGUACCGUAUAAGCGAUGUUUAGAGCAGAGCAGUAAUUCAAGUUGUGAAGAGAGAGAGGAGCAGAGAGUAAGACUUUGCUUGUAGCCUUUUGGAGGCAGUGGGUUUUGCAGAUGAGGUAAAAUGAUCUCUCUGUUAGCCAUCAUUUUAACAUGGUAUUGGUGCACAGGUGAUGAGAAAGAACAAGUGUAUAAAGGGAAGAUAUGAUGAUCCUUUCUUUUGGUCCUGCUGUUAGUUUUUGGUAAUUAAUUAAUUAAUGCCCCCUUUUGUUAAUUUUUGGUAAUUAAUGUUUGUAACAACAUGACUUCUGUCUGUAGUUGGAGUUCUGUUUCCUUAGUUUUGUUGUACUUAAUAUCUUCUGGUCUCAUGGUUUCUUGAUUUUGUUUAUGGGUACUAGUUUAAAGAUCAUUCAUCACUUUGUAGUAUCAUUUUUGGACCUUAAAGAUAUUAAAAGAAAUUGAAUAUGUAGUGUAUUG